UAUAAUCGUGUGAUUUAAAAUUCGCGGAAGCCUGCCAAGUACAUACACUCACCAGACUGUGGCGCUAAUAUCGCAGCCGGCGGCCAGCGGCCAUUUUCUCCUAUCAACUCACGAACGCCACACGAGAAGAAAAUUGAUUAUUCCAACCCUAAAGUCACGAUUUAUUACAUAGCGUAUACUUAAACAUGACAACAAUACAAUUUUUUAAUCGAUUGGGUCAGUUGGGUCUAGGCAUAGCUCUGGCAGGUGGUGUCGUCAACUCUGCGCUAUACAAUGUUGAUGGUGGCCAUCGUGCAGUUAUAUUUGAUAGAUUUGCUGGUAUAAAAAAUGCUGUGAUAGGAGAAGGAACACACUUUUUUAUUCCUUGGGUACAAAAGCCGAUUAUUUUCGACAUCCGUUCACGACCAAGGAAUGUUCCAGUCAUUACUGGAAGCAAGGAUCUGCAGAAUGUAAAUAUCACUCUUCGUAUUCUCUUCAGACCAGUACCAGACUCUUUGCCUAAGAUAUAUACAAUCCUUGGUGUGGAUUAUGAUGAGAGAGUAUUGCCAUCUAUUACCACAGAAGUAUUAAAAGCUGUUGUCGCACAAUUUGAUGCUGGUGAAUUAAUUACGCAAAGAGAACUCGUGUCUCAAAAAGUUAGCGAUGAUUUAACAGACAGAGCUUCACAAUUUGGCCUUAUCCUGGAUGAUAUUUCCAUUACACAUUUAACAUUCGGUAAAGAGUUUACCCAGGCAGUAGAAUUGAAGCAAGUGGCGCAACAGGACGCAGAGAAGGCUCGUUUCUUGGUAGAAAAGGCUGAACAACAGAAAAAGGCAGCUGUUAUUAGUGCUGAGGGUGAUGCACAGGCUGCAAGCUUAUUAGCAAAAUCUCUGGCCGAGGCUGGAGAUGGUCUGGUUGAACUUAGAAGAAUUGAAGCAGCGGAAGAUAUUGCCUUCAAUAUGUCCAAAUCUCGUCAAGUGUCAUAUUUGCCAACAGGUCUAAAUGUGCUGCUCAAUUUAUCACAGUAAAAUAAAUUGGUACAUGAAUUGUGCAUUUA